AUGGAGCCUUCGCACAAGGAGCCCGAGGCGGCGGCGGCGGCGGAGCCCCGCGCGGCGCCCGCGUCCAGCGGGGUGGUGGUGCAGGUCCGCGAGAAGAAGGGGCCGCUGCGCGCUGCCAUCCCGUACCUGCCGUUCCCGGUGGCCGUGCUCUGCCUCUUCCUCAACACCUUCGUGCCGGGGCUCGGCACCUUCCUCUCGGCCUUCGCGGUGCUGUGCGGAGCCCGCACCGACCUGCCCGACAGGCACGUGUGCUGCGUCUUCUGUCUGAACGUGGCGGCGGCACUCAUCCAGGUCCUCACGGCCAUCGUCAUGGUGGGCUGGAUCAUGAGCAUCUUCUGGGGCAUGGACAUGGUCAUCCUCGCCAGGUACAAGGAGCAGGGCGUCCCGCAGCAGCUGUGAGCGUGGACGGCGGGCGCAGGCCCGGAGGGCGCGGGGAGGCUCCACCGC